AUGCUAAAGCUUAAAGAAGCAUUGAGAGCUGCCAAGGAAGUGAAAGAAGAGAUGGAGGAGAGAGACGCAGACAUGAGCAGCCUGAGCAGCAAGCUCCUGAGCCUGCAAAUGGACAUCAAGAGUCUACAUAACAUCUGCAAGAGACAAGGAAGGACAUUGCAGGACAGUCAGCUCUGUACGGAGGAGGAGGAGGCGAUGCUGCCCGGCAGCCAGAAUAAGAAGCAAGAAUUAGCAUGUGAGGAAUCAGAGAUGGAAUUUGGGUCCAAUAAACACGGUUACCUGAAACAACUACAACAACUGAAGUCAAAAUUGCUGGCCCUUCAGCAAGAACUGGAGUGUCGCACAGAAGAGUUACAGACUUCUUACUCUUCCCUCCUGCAGUAUCAGUCCAUCCUGGAGAAGCAGACUUGUGACCUGGUCCAACUGCACCAUCACUGCAAAAUGAAAGAAGAUGAGGUGAUUCUCUAUGAAGAAGAACUGGAAAAUCAGAAUGAGAGCACAGGGAAGAAGCUGCAUAUAGCACAGGAGCAACUUGCCUUGGCCGGAGACAAGAUUAUCUCCCUGGAAAGGAGCUUAAACCUCUACAAAGAUAAAUACCAGACUUCUCUGAGCAACAUCGAGUUACUAGAAUGCCAAGUGAAGAUAUUGGAGGGAGAGCUCAAUGGAAUUGUUUGUCAGGAUCCCGAGAACAAAGGUGAUCAUUCGAAGAUGUGUAUGUACGCUGCUUCCUGCAUGAGUCAAGACCAUCGGGAGACCCUGAAACGACUGUCUGAAGUGUGGCAAAAGGUCUCGGAACAGGACGACCUGAUCCAGGAACUUCGGAAUAAGCUGGCCUGCAGCAAUGCUUUGGUUCUGGAACGUGAAGAGUCUUUGAUAAAACUACAAGCUGACUUUGCUUCCUAUAAAGCCAUCCACAGGCAUCCUCCUCUCUCUUCAGGAGACUGUGAAGACAUGAAAAAGAUACUGAAGCAACUGCAGGAGCAAAAAGACAGCCAGUGCCAGCACGUGGAGGAGUUCCAGAACCUUGUGAAGGGCCUGCAGAUGGAGCUAGAAGUGGUGUCGGAGCAGAAGAAGAACAUCAUGAAGGAUAUGAUGAGGCUGGAGCUGGAACUGCACACGAUACGGGAAGAGACAUCUUGCCAAAUAGAGAGGAAGGAUAAGGAAACCAUCCACCUGCAGUGGGUGCUACAGGAGAUGGAGUGGCGGUUCUGUGAGAUCCAAAAGUAUGCUUCCGAGAAAGACAAGGGCCUCCAGGAGAAAAAUGAAAUGCUAACCAAGCUACAGAAUGAAUUAUCACAGGCUUGUGAGGCCCUCAAAAAUAAGGAGAUGGAGCUCGAGAAGCAACAACAAAUGGCAGCAGAACAAAACAAGGACGCUAAUCAGGAAACCAAUGAGGCCCUGAAUGCUGAGCUGCAGACACUGAAGAAGUGUCUUGAAGAAGCCAAGCGGCACCAGAAGCUGUCAGCUCAACAAGCAUGUCAAAGUAAAGAACAGGUCUGCCAGACUGAGAAAAAGCUGGAAGAUGCCCAGAGGAAAAUUCAAAGCUACUGUGCCCUGGACAAGGAAAAGGAAGAGACCAUCCAAGAUCUACAGAAAGACAUUGAGACGAAGCAGCAGGAGUGUUCGAAGGCUAGAGAGCAACUAUCAAAUAGCAGGGAACAAAUGGAUGAUCUGACAUUAGAGCUCACUGAAGCCAAGAGGAUGUGUGAAUUGUCAAAAAAGGAAAAGCAGCAAUUGCAAAAGACAAUAUGUGAACUGGAAUUGAAGCUGAAGGAGACCCUAGAACAGAUGAAACAGCUUCAGCAUCAGAACAAAGAGCAAGCCUGCAUCAAAGACAGCCUAGAAGAUGAGCUGCAUGAGGUAAAAAUCACACUGGAGGAGAAACAGCAGCUGUUGAAAAAGCACAAAGAGGAGGGGAAAAUGGUAGAGAAAGAACUCGAGUCAUGCCGACAGGAAGAAAGAAAGAAGGAAAAGACGUCUAAGGAGAACAUGAGGAAGUUGGAAGCAGAAAAGGAAAAUCUCCAAGCAGAGCUGUUGCAAUGUUCUGCACAACUAGAGGCCUCGGCCAACAAGUACAACAUCGCCCAGGAGACGAUUGAAGAGCUGAAUAAAGAGAUAUGUCAGCAGAAGGACUCCAUAAAGAACCUGCACACUCAGCUGGCCAAGGCCGUGCAGAGAGAGAAGGAGUGUAUGCAGACCAUGGUCUGUAAGGAGGCCUAUGAUGAAUUAUCCCGCAAGGCAACCAACUGCCAAGAAGACCUGACUCGGGCCCUGGAGAAGCUCAAUCAAGCAGCCUCGGAGUCAAAGGAUCUGCACCGAAGCCUGACGCAGGCCCAAGAGAGGAAAAACCAGCUGGAAGAUGAAAUCACAGCUUAUGAGGAGAGGAUGAGAAAGCUCAACUUAGAGCUGAAGAAGCUCCAAGGCUUCCACCAGCAGAGUGAGCAGGAGGUGCAUGCCUUUGACAAGAAACUGGAAGAAAUGACCAACCAGGUGUUGCAGUGGCAGAAGCAACACAAAAAUGACCUCAAGAUGCUGGCGGCCAAGGAGGAGCAGCUCAUGGGAUUCCAGGAGGAAAUGGCCGCGCUCAAAAAGAAGCUCCUGGAGGAAGAGAAGCCCUGCUGUGCGCCUUCGGAAGCCCUUCCCUCCAGGCCCAAAGACAACUGCAGGCUCCACCACGACAGUGAUCAGAUUAUGGUCAACAUGGAGCAGUGGGCCAAGGAGCAGAAGAUCGCCAAUGAGAAACUAGGAAGCAAGCUCCGCGAACAGGUCAAAUACAUUGCCAAACUGACUGGUGAAAAGGACCACCUCCACAAUGUGAUGAUGCAUCUGCAGCAGGAAAACAAGAAGCUGAAGAGCGAGAUAGAGGAGAAAAAGCUGAACGUGGGACAUCAGAAAUUACACUGUAAACCCGCAGGCUCCCUGAGCAGAACAGAGCCCUCACAAAAGGAGAGAAAGAUGUGUGGGGCAAUGGGCUUGAGGGGGAUACACCAGGACUCGGGCCAAAGAGACAACAAGAUGGUGGGGAUGCCGCACCACUCAGGUUCCUCGUUUUGCUAG